AUGCUUCGGAAUCCACAGCAUCUGCAGUCGGAUAUACAUAGUGCAAAUGAUAACAAUGAGAUUCCCGGAAACGCUGCUGUGCUGCUGCCAUCAGCACAAGCUUACGAUCGUGCAAUUCGAGUCGCGCUGUCGCUGUUACUAAAUGAUCCGUCUGGACUUGUAAACUUCUCCCAAUUUGCACAUUUUCAUAUUGCACUAGGCGCGUCAAAUCUUGAUCACUUUCUUCCAGAAGCUGCGUUUCGCGUGCUGAAGUCGGUGACAAGCUUUAACGACGAGACUAAGUCGCAUGUACCAGUAUCGUCUGAUCUACCUGUCGAACAGGAUUAUAAUGAUCAAGCUGCUGUAAGACUGAAUGAUUUACCGCGUGCAAUUCGUCAGUACGUGUCUACGAGUGAGGCCGUAGGCUCUACUUUUAAAACCCUAGAGACAUCAAUCUCCAUGACACCUGAACGCUUGGCGUUUUACGAACGCAUGUUUGACUUACCUAAGCACCAGUUUGGAGACCAGUACGUGACGCAUGACGAUUUGGUACGAGGAAUUGCUGCAUUUGAAGUGGAGGAUGCGUCAUCAGAAAAUGGUCAAGAAGAUCGAGUAGACGUUAGUGUAGCUGCUCUCAAAUUCGAUAUCAAUGUUUUGCGCACCGUUUGGCAUGCCGCUGAAAUGCAAGCUAAUGACAAGGAUCAGAUAGCAAGAGUGAUUGACCAGAAUCGAUCCACAUUCAUCUCAAACGUCAAGUCUGGGUGGCUUUCUUCUUUACAUCAAAAUCCUACGGGUGAUGACUGGGAAUACUUGCAGCCGGAGCUGGAGCGCAGCCGAAGUAAUGUGGAUUAUCAGAAUAACGCAGAAAUUUUAGGGCAACAAAUGACUGCGCAGCUCACUUCGUUUGCCGCUGCCAUCGCUGCUGGAGUAGUAGUGCGAACUAUAUGUGCUCCACUAGAGCGAUUACGGAUAUUAAUGCAGCUGACAACUCCAAAGCUGACGUCAACCUCAGCGACUGUAAAGCUUCCUUCAGCCACGCCGCCAUACACGUCCGUCACGAAAGGAAUCGUUAAUAUGAUGACACUCAGUGGACCGCGUAGCUUGUUCAGCGGUAAUGUUGCUCACUGUCUUUGGGUUGUGCCUUGUGUCCCCAUCAAAUUCGCUCUAGGGCACGUCUACCACGAGCACCUGAUGCGCUCGGCUUUUCAAUCUUCGUCAUUGUUUGGUGACAAGUCUCGUGUUUCAGCAAGCUUGACCACUUUCGUUAUGGGAGGAUUCGCUGGUCUGACACUCAACUGCUUGCUGUACCCGCUCGACGUCAUACGCGGACGGCUGACGGCUCAAGAGUAUUACAAUGCAAAUCGUCCUUACACUGGUAUUCUGCACUGCGCUCGCUCUAUUCGUGAUCAUGAGGGACUGCGCGGAUUUUAUCGAGGAUUCGGACCUGCGAGUCUUGGUGUCUUCACAUACAUUGGUUGCAAUUAUGCUCUGUACGAGUCUUUGCGGCCAGUAUUUGUACACUACGACGUUGAAGACACAAGCAUUCAACUUGGUCACCCUAGUGUACCGGGCCAAAUUUUGUGUGCCACAACAGCUUCGCUUGUGUCGCAGUGCAUAUCGUAUCCCUUUGAUGUCAUUCGACGGCGCAUUCAAUUGCAGGGCACAAAGUGGCAUCCAGAACUUGCGUUUUCAUCGUAUAAAGGUGCUUGGCAUUGUGUACGAGCGUCGGUGGUCGAUGAAGGUGGUGCUUUGCGAGGAAUGCGCUCACUGUACCGUGGGUUUGUUAUCAAUGUUGUCAAGGCAUUACCAUCUACUGUGAUUUCGUUCCUCAGCUACGAAAAACUGCGCACAGUGGACAGCAAUUGCAAAUAA